CUGGUUUUUGAACUGGCGCUCCCCUUAAAAUUUGAACCACUACAAUUGUUAUUGCUUAAGUUCGUCAUACGCUGCAAUAAAUUUUGCUCUGCAGUUUGAUUGGACGUUAUGGCGAAGGUCAAUAUAUGCAAUGUAGAAGUCUUGCAAAAUCCAGCUUCAUUUUUUGAUCCUUUCAAGUUUAAAAUAACAUUUGAAUGUCACGAGCCACUUGAUGACGAUUUGGAAUGGAGGUUGGUGUACGUUAGUAGUGCGUACAACUCAUCUUUGGAUCAGACAUUGGAUUCGAUUCUAGUUGGUCCGAUUCCAGUUGGUCGGCAUCAGUUUUCCUUCGAAGCUAGUGCUCCUGAUCCUAGCUUGAUUCCCGAUGAAGAUGUUGUUGGUGUAACCGUUGUGCUUAUACAAGCUUUGUAUAGGGACAAAGAAUUCAUACGUGUUGGUUAUUAUGUUAAUAAUGAGUAUAGAAGUGAAGCUCUUCGUCUUGAACCUCCAGCAGAACCUUUACUUUACGAACUUGAACGACACAUCAUAGCUUCGGACCCACGGGUUACUCGCUUUCCAAUUGAUUGGGGUGAUGGCUUGCUGGAUGGUUGUCGGGAACCAGAACAGCCUGCUGAGGAUAACGAGGAGUCUACAUCACAAGAUAACGAAGAGUCUGUCCAACAAGAUAAUGAGGAGUCUGUGCAACAAGUUAAUGAAGGGUCGGGCACAGAAGAUAAUGAGAUGUUUGCCCUAGAAGAUAAUGAGGAGUCUGUGCAACAAGUUAAUGAGGGGUCGAGCACAGAAGAUAAUGAGAUGUUUGCCCUAGAAGAUAAUGAGGAGUCUGUGCAACAAGUUAAUGAGGGGUCGAGCACAGAAGAUAAUGAGAUGUUUGCCCUAGAAGAUAAUGAGGAGUCUGUGCAACAAGUUAAUGAGGGGUCGAGCACAGAAAAUAAUGAGAUGUUUGUCCUACAAGAUAAUGAGGAGUUUGUGCAAGGAGUUAAUGUAGGGUCUGUCCUACAAGAUAAUGAGGAGUCUGUGCAACAAGUUAAUGAGCGGUCGAGCACAGAUAAUGAUGAGAUGUUUGUCCUACAAAAUAAUGAGGAGUCUGUGCAAGGAGUUAAUGUAGGGUCUGUCCUACAAGAUAAUGAGGAGUCUGUGCAACAAGUUAAUGAGCGAUCGAGCACAGAAAAUAAUGAGCUGUUUGUCCUACAAAAUAAUGAGGAGUCUGUGCAAGGAGUUAAUGUAGGGUCUGUCCUACAAGAUAAUGAGGAGUCUGUGCAACAAGUUAAUGAGCGAUCGAGCACAGAAAAUAAUGAGCUGUUUGUCCUACAAAAUAAUGAGGAGUCUGUGCAACAAGUUAAUAAGGGAUCUGUCCUACAAGAUAAUGAGGAGCAAGUGGAAAAUAUUUCUCAAAUUGGUCAAUUGCACGAGGGUCGAAAGGAUAAGUUAGGUUCAUCCAGUCUUGGUGAAGGACAAACUGGUGUGCACUUCACAGAGAAUGCAUCAUGUAUCCCGCUGCAUGCCGUACAAUCUUCAGUCAUUUCUUUUGAUAAUUUCUAAGUUUCUUGUAAAACUUACUACACAGCUUGCAUUUGUGAAACUAAACACUUAUGUGUUCAGUGUUAUUAAUAUUGGUAACUGCUUAUUAUCAUAGAUACUUCAUUUUUCUCUUAUUAUACAUACAAGAUAUAACCAUUCAUAUUUUUGUAAUUGUGUUUAAUCAUCUAGAAUAAAUUUCCAUUCCCAU